ACAUUCUCUUGCAACCUGCUUGCAACCAGCACUCAACCACCGGCCGCACUGUAUUCACCCACAACAGUUAUCCUCAACUAAUAAAGCUCUCGCAGCACCUGCCGGACCUUGUCGUUUAUCGCCGCUUCACACCCCCGCCCAACAUGCCCCCACCCUCAAAACACCCCAAACGCCCCAAAAAGCCCUCAGCUGGCCCUGCCACACCCCCAAAACCCACCACCUUCGCCGACUCCAUCACCGAAGCCCUCUCCCUCGAAGACAAAGGCGACCGGCACGGCACCUCCGCCAAAGCGCUCCGCUUCUACCAACGCGCCCGCGAAAUGUACGCACAUGCGCAUUCGCUCGAGCCUAGCGACGCGGAGUGCAUGUACAAUUGGGGACGGAUCCUGCUCGUAAUUGCCGAGUUUCAGGUGGACAACGGAGAUGAUGAUAUCGACGACGAAGCGGCGGGUAGAUUUGCGUUGUUCAACGAGGCGGCGGAGAAGUUCAGGAAGGGUGACCAGGCGAACGUGGAUGUGCUGUUUAAUCUGGCGCAGGCUUUGAGGGGCGCUGCGGAGAUUGCGUUGGAGGAGGAGGGCACGGGGAGCGGGGUGGGUGGGGGUGCGGCGGAGGCGGUGAAGAUGUUGACUGAGGCGGAGGCGGCGUUGGAGGAGGUGUUUCGGUUGCAGAUUGCGUUGAUGGAGGACGAGGGGAAGGGGCCGGCGGAUGAUGCUGCACUGAAGAGUGCAGCGGCUGUAAAAGAGGGAUCUGUGGACAAAGAAGAGGAGAAGACCGGAGGGGACGAAGAUGAAGAAGGACAAGAAGAAGAAGAAGAAGAAGAAGAAGAAGAAGAAGAAGAAGACUCCCCAACAGUUUCCCUCAUCGACACCCUCUCCGCCCACGCGCAGACCCUCACUCUCCUCUUCCAAGAAGUUCGCGACCCAGAAUCCACCCUCCUCUAUACCCGCGCCCUCUCCAAACUCCACAAAGCCCAAUCUCUCCUCGACUCCCCUCCGCAAACGGACCCGAUAACACCCACCGAGAAACAACGCUGCCAACACGACAUUGACAUCCGGUUUGCGGAGACUUUCGCGGCCCGCGCGGAUGUUGUUGCACAGGUUGAGAACCGCGUCGAUGAGGAGAUCUUUGGACAGGCUGUGGGGAGGCUGGAGAAGGUGCUUGGAGGGGAUAAAGACAACGUCGAAGCGCUUUGCGAAAAAGGGGAUGUGCUCUGCUCAUGGGCCGAUGCGGUCAAGAUGUGUGCAGGCGGGGUGGAAAAGAUCCUCGCUGCCGCGGGUACCAACACAUCUUCUUCCUCAUCCUCAUCAACAACACCACCAACGAACCCCCUAACACUCCUCCGCACCCUCUACACCCGCGCCGUCGACGCCUACACCCUCGCCUACACACUCACCCCAACCUCCGCCCCCAUCGCCGCAAAACUCGGCGACACCCACCUGCUCCGUAUCCCCCUCUACACCCCCCCGACCACCCAAUCCCAACUCCCAACCCUCGCCCUCAACGCCGAACGAUACUACCGCCGCGCCGUCACGCUCAAAGACCACUCUGUGCUGCUCCGCCUCGCCAAAGCGUUGUCGUGGGCGGGGAAGGAGGAGGAGUGUAGGAAGGUGGUUGUGGCGUGGCGGAAGAAGGUGGACAGGGGGGAUGGGGAUGUGGGGGAGGAGGGGGAGACGGCUGAGGUGGGGUGGGCGGGCGUGGUUAAGGGGUGGGAGUGGUUUGAGGGUGCGUUGGAGGGAACGGCGUAG